AUGUCGGUGGACUUUUUGUUACACGAGUCCGCUCUCGGGUAUGCAAUCUUCAAGGUUGUGAACCAACCUGACACCAUUGGCAAUCGGUUGAAGGAAGUUCAAGAAGCUGUUCAGGACCUUGCCAGAUUUGGAAAGACGGUUGAAAUUAUCGGUUUGACGCCGUUCACAGGAACCCAACAAGCUUUGCAAGAGAUUAACGACGUGAGCGAGGGCUUGUGUUCUGACUUCUUACGAUCAACACUCGAGUCCAAUCUUCCCACAUCGUCUAAGAAGAAGGCAAUAAAGUUAGGCGUAUGGGACAAAAAUUUAGCUGGCAGUAUCAAGGCUGUCUUUGCGAAUAUCAAAUGCGAGACAUCUGAGUCGAGCCCUCCUGUGGGCGACCUGUUGAGAGGUUUGCGGCAACAUGGCGACAAAUUAGUCAAGCAGCUCCAGCCCGGAGAUCUUGAGCGGUCUGUUCUGGGUCUCGGGCACGCAUACUCCCGCGCCAAGGUUAAGUUUUCAGUUGCGAAGAAUGAUCAAAGUAUUAUCCAGGCAAUCGCAACCUUGGACCAAGUCGAUAAGGACUUGAAUACUUUCACCAUGAGGCUCAGGGAGAACUACGGCUGGCACUUCCCGGAGCUUAGCAAAAUUCUGACCAACGAUCAUUACGCAAGCGCAGUCCUCUUUAUCGGCGACAAGAGUGGGCUAUCAGAGGAGAAGCUUCACGAUCUUGCUGCUGUGGUGGGUGAUGAUGAAUCGGUCUCUCAGGCAAUCAUCAAGGCCGCCAGGACGAGUAUGGGCAGGGAGAUCUCGUCCUCGGACCUCGAGAUGGUCAUGUCCUUUGCUAAGCGCACAGAUGCCCUGAGCGCCUACAGGAAACAGCUGGCAAGCUAUCUCUCUGACAAACUUAACUCGGUAGCGCCCAACACAGCCGCGCUCAUCGGUGAUACCGUUGCGGCUAGGUUAAUCUCGAAGGCUGGUUCCCUGACCAAUCUAUCGAAAUACCCUGCCUCAACCGUACAGAUCCUUGGUGCUGAAAAGGCACUCUUCCGUGCACUAAAGACGAAGGGAAACACGCCCAAGUACGGUCUGAUCUAUCACUCUUCCUUCAUUGGAAAGACUGGCGCAAAGUCGAAGGGCAGGAUUUCACGCUUUCUUGCCAAUAAAGUGUCCAUCGCAAGUCGCAUAGAUAACUUCUCAGACACUCCGACAGCCAAAUUCGGAGAGGCGUUGAAACGCCAGGUCGAAGAACGGAUAGAAUUCUACGCCUCUGGUGCCACUCCCGCGAAGAACUCUGCCGUCAUGCAGGCAGCUAUGGACUCUGUUCUGGCUGACAUCGACACCGAAGAUCCCACUGCGCAUGCUGCAGAGGACGUUGUGAUGGCUGACGGCGUCACUGGAAAGGCCACUGAGCAAGCGAUCCGCGAGAAGAAGAAGGAGAAGAAGGCAAAGCAUGCCGAGGAGGAGGUAUCUGAGAAGAAGUCCAAGAAGGACAAGAAAAGGAAACAUGCCGAUGAGGAUGGCGAAGGCAAGAAGAAGAAGAAGAAGAGCAAAGCGUAG